AACAUGGCGGACAGAAAAGCGAAUACGGGUAGUAGCUCUGAGGGGCCAACGAAUAAUUGUGAUUAUACAGGAGGUACAGAGUCACCGAAAUCACCUGAAGAUGAAAGCUCGGAGAGGCCGGAAGCUCAGUAUAGCCAGGACCUCAAAAGUGUUCUGGUCACCAGCGUUUUAAACUUAGAGAAGCUCGACGUAGACCUGUACAGAGGGACGCAUCACUGGGUGCCUCGCACUCAACGCUUGUUUGGGGGCCAGAUAGUCGGUCAGGCCCUUGUGUCCGCCGCCGAAUCUGUGAGCGACAACCUUUUCGCCCAUUCUCUCCAUUGCUACUUUGUACGUGCAGGGGAUCCUAAGGUUCCAGUGCUGUACCAAGUGGACCGCAUAAGAGAUGGUCGCAGUUUCACAGUGCGCUCUGUGAGGGCCAUCCAGCAUGGACACCCUAUACUCAUCUGCCAAGCGUCUUUCCACAUGCAGCAACCGAGCCCCCUGCAGCACCAGUUCACCAUGCCGGAGGUCCCUCAGCCUGAAGACCUCCUCACUGUGGAGGAGCUUAUUCAUCUUUAUCUCAGUAAACCGGACCUGGCAGAGAAAUCGAAACAAGGCCUUAAUAAACUGCUGGCUAAUGAGGUCCCCAUUGAGAUAAAGCCAGUCCACCCACCACACUUCUACAGACUUGCUGGUGCUGAGCCAAGGAAGCUGUUCUGGGUGCGAGCACGAGGAUAUAUUGGUGAAGGCAACAUGAAGCUGCAUUGCUGUGUUGCUGCAUAUGUAUCAGACUUUGCAUUCCUGGGCACUGCACUGUUGCCUUAUCCCAACUACAAGGCUGAGUUCUCAGCCUCUCUAGACCACGCCAUGUGGUUCCACUCCACUUUCCGCAGUGAUGAGUGGAUGCUGUAUGAGUGUGAGAGCCCAUGGGCAGGGGGCAGUAGGGGACUGGUUCAAGGCCGACUGUGGAGAAGAGACGGGGUACUGGCUGCCUCCUGCUCCCAGGAGGGUGUCCUGAGAGUGACACCCGUUACAGAGCCCAGCAAACUAUAAGCACAUUCCUAACAUUAACAUUUUUUUAACAUGUCUUAAUUAUUUGUAACUAAUCAUAUUCAUUUUUUUAUUACAUUUUAAUUUAUAGAC